AUGUUCAGCAACGUUUCCAUCAGCUUGCCCGCCAAGGUGCGGGGACCGGAGGCGGAAGAGGAAUGGCAAGAGGUGGAUUGGGUGACAUGGAGCACUGGUUCCGUGACGGUUGAUGCGCAGUCCUUCAUCAUUAUGUUCAAGCCAUCCGGUGGUGGCAGUGUCAAGGCCAAAACACUGGGCAAUCUAGUGCGGGCCGCUGGCGUGGGUGCGCAAGACGAUGAGGAGGUGACAACCGUGAUUGUGACGACAUCAGAGUCCUUACACAAAACGUUUCGAUGCACCUUCCAGACAGGUGAAGAUGCUGACGCUUUCCUGGACUUGGCCAAGCAAGCAGAAGAAGCUUACGAGGCUGCCAACAAGUACAAGGAGUCUGAAGAUUUUGAUGAUGGUCAGGCAGCCAGAUUGGAAUCCAGCAUCCGCGCCAAACUGGCGGAGCGCUGGCCGUUGGUUUAUACAGGAGCAGAGCUCUAUGGACCUGAUCCAAACGGUGAAAUCACCAGCGAGGUGUUGCUGGGUCGAGGGGCCAUGGUGCUUUUGGAUUCCGAAGUCAAGAACAAGGUUGGCAACUAUGAGUUGCUCUUUUAUUGCGAAGAUGAGGAUGCGAGCAAACCCAGCAGAUCCUUCUCCAUAUCGCCAGAAAUGUCGCUUGCAAGGCAAGAAGACACAGAUGAGGAUGAAGAAGGACCGGCAGUGUCUUUCAUUUUGAAGGGCCCUACAAUGGCAGCGCAUUCCCUUUGCUUCGAGGACAAACUCACCGCUGGUCACUUUGCGCGAGAUUUCAGGGUACGAUCUAAACUGAUGGACAUGUCGCUCAAGACGGUAAGAGGUCGAGCAGCUGCCCAGGAUCUGCGGAAAGACAUAGAAAGCUUGAAACAAAGAAGCCUAGCCGCAAGAGCGUGGACAGUUACCCGAUAUACGCUGCUUUUGGCAUUCUUGCUUGCGGUGGCAAGAACAGGGCAGCUGUACAUGCAGGACAGUGGUCGACAACCAGCAGAGUACAUACAGGUCAUUGGCAGUGAUCUUUGGCAUGCCGUUGUGCUGUUUGUAUCAACAAGUACAGCCAUUGGUGCCAAGGCAUGUGAAGUCACCUUCGGCACUGUGGCCGGGGCAGACUUGCGGCAAUGCACCAGAGAAACCUCGGUACCAGCGAUGAAGCGCUGCAUAGAUUCGCUGCUGAGUUAUCCAAUCCUCGGGGAGUUGUAA